AUGGACAGAAUAGAACCAGCCGUGGCAAGCUUGAGUGAGAACGCGAACGCAUUGGUGGUCCCAGUUAAUGAGAGUCCUAAACCACAAAAUCAGACCCCCCCAUCCCCUCUUUGGGUAAUGUAUAAGGAGCAAUAUGAAUCUGGUUUAUAUAAAAAGGUGCUAGCGGAGGUGAUAGCGACCUACCUGCUGGUGUUUGCUACUUGCGGCGCGGGGGCAAUCAGCGCAAACGAUCCACGGAGGGUGUCGCAGCUGGGAGCCUCGGUGGCGGGUGGCCUUAUUGUGACAGUGAUGAUCUACGCUGUUGGCCACAUCUCCGGUGCCCACAUGAAUCCUGCCGUUACUCUCGCUUUUGCUGCCGUUCGACAUUUUCCUUGGAAGCAGGUCCCGCUGUAUGCAGCGGCUCAACUCACAGGAGCUAUUUCGGCUGCAUUUACCCUAAGAGAAAUUCUUGACCCCAUUAAGCGUAUUGGCACAACAUCACCUUCUGGAACAGAUUCGCAAGCUUUGGCAAUGGAGAUUGUCGUCACAUUUACCAUGAUGUUUGUCACCUCAGCUGUGGCAACUGAUACUAAAGCUAUAGGGGAGCUAGCAGGGAUAGCAGUUGGUUCAUCAGUGUGCAUAACAUCAAUCUUAGCUGGGCCAGUAUCGGGAGGAUCGAUGAACCCGGCAAGAACAAUAGGGCCAGCAAUUGCUAGUAAGUACUACAAAGGGAUUUGGGUGUACAUGGUGGGCCCAUUUAUUGGAACACUCCUGGGCUCCUUGACUUACAAAGUGAUUCGGGUCAGUGACAAGCCGGCCCACGCUAUGACUCCGUCGUUUUCCUUUAAACUCCCUCGAAGGAAGACUAGUAAAAGGCCAACAAAUAAAUAG